AAUCUCGUGCUAAACCAGCCGUUCAUACGUUCCAUUGACUAUCGCGAACACCACCACUCUACAUCAACGCUUCUCGUCUGGCAUGUCGCGGACUAAUUUUGUUGUUCAACCGAUGCAGGCAAAACCCUGCUCAAUACCGUCCCGGCGAGUUUCACGCUCACAUUCCUAUGAUCAACCUCCUUCAAACAGCCAUAACAUUGCGUCACGACGCCAAGGCCCUUCAUCCUUCCCCAUCCAUACUCGCUUACCCUCAGAUGCAUCACAUACAUCGUGGUCGUCUGAACACCCUGUCCUCUCGGUACCGACUCUCUCUCCUACAUCGACUUAUAGUACGUUUUCUUCGCCUGGAAGCUCUUACACCCAAGAACGACCAUCGCCUAUAACCCCCGAACUCUUUUACUCGCCAUCGACUGAUAUGACAUCUCCUGAGGUGACACCUAUUACUGCGUUUCUUUCCGAAUUCUAUGAACCAGAUUCGGAACCGGGCAGCGGCACCCACACGUUGGUCCACUUAUCCGAUCCUCGACAUGUGGAUCUCUUUGGAGAGAGAUACGGGAAGGGUGCGAAGAACACAAAGCUCACAAAAUGUCCAGCUAGUUGCGUGGCUGAUGAGGCCAGCCCACCUCUUCCAGACGGCCACAUCUCAUUGACAACGACAACCUGUGCGCCAUUGAAGUAUAGUUCAGGGCAUACGCUCGACGUUCGGAAGUCUCGUCGUUUUUGUCGUGACUUUGGAGAGCAGCAUGUCCCGUCAAAGGACCCCAUCUAUGACGAAUUUCCCACAUGUCUUGCAAGGGACUUGCCGGCGACACCAUUGUCCACCUCUCCCCCGUCUCCGCUGAGUCAUGACAUCCUACCCCCACCUUCACGUUCAGAAGUCUGUAACCUUUUCUCAGAGGAUGAAACCACUGCCGUCAGGGAAUUUUUAAGGAUAUGGGGUUCAAACAAGAGGGUGACGAAAUCGCCAUCGAAGCUGCAGAUGAGUGAAGAUGAUGCGCCAGGCAUUCAGAGCGAUGGUGAUUAUUCAUGGGAGGCGGCAGAAGUUGAGGACGAUGUUGGAGAUUCCGCAUCUUGCAGCAUGCUUCUUCACGAAGUUAGCCAGAUGGUGGGCAUCCCGCUUGAAAGGUCAACGGUGGAAGGCCAGUCCUCGAUCGCAUCCACACCUCCGGGGCUAGAUACACUGGAUCAAUUGAUUCAGAAUAGUUGUGAAAGCUCACAGAUCCUGGAUCUACCUUCAUCUUAUCAGUCUGCUGGGCUCGUGAGGAGUCCCGGUGUUCUCCUGGAUGGUGCCAACGUGUGCGACAGGGCUUCGUCAGGUUCUUGUCAGCGUGUGGAUCAACCACUUGACGUCGCCCCUCGACAUUCACUGGCCUCCAAUCCAGUCGCGGACAGCAAUACUUCCAUUCGUGAAGAUGCGGUAGCUGCCAAGUCGAUGGAUGUACCUGUUAUCCUAGCGCUUGCCUCGAAUGAAGCCUAUUUGGCGGAUUCCUGCGACGACUUGGUUCUGCACCGACAACUAAGCCUUCGUAAGGCCAGAUCUACCGAUAGCGACCUAAGGCGCCGCGGACAGAUAUUCAACGUGGAGAAACAAUGCAUGCAUGCUGCGCCUAGUGGCCUAGUUGAUUUACACACGUCCUAUGUACCCACGAGAGAUCCGCCGCCGCUUCCACCUCUGCCACCUCUACCGCCUCUGCCACCUGCCUCUGAGCCAGUAAGACCUGUUUCGGCACUCGACAGGCUUGACGCUAGCUUGUCGAUGCUCAAGGCGCACAAUCCGCAUUCGCAUUCGCGGAAGUCCAGUAAAGCUAACGCGCGUUCGGAAGACCGAAGACCGUCUCCAUUGACUGCCUCACGAGAGCGCAAGCACCACUCCAGCGUCGCCGCUCGUCUUACGGACUCUCGUUCUGGACACGGACGUCACUUCUCGAGCCCCAUGGCCGGUGUGGCACCGCAUCAGAAUCAUCGUAAGCCACCUCGGAUUGAGACUGGUCCCGUCAAUGCGCGCCUGCUAGAACGCGAUGCAAAGCUAUUUCCGUACCCACAGAACCGAGAGUUGACUGUAAAAUCAUUCAUGGAGAUGGAUGUGGUGCCUCCCCCGCCGCCUCUUCCUCAUCGGACAUCGAGAUUAGGGCGAGUUGCUGCCAGAUUGAGCCGAGGUAUAACGAAUUGGGGGAGGAAUAUCACUGGAUUCAGGGGUAUCAAGGAAUCUUCGUAGAGCUUGGCGUUGCUGGUACGCAGCCAGUGUGCGUGUCGAUGUGUUCUUUCGAUUUGUACUACUACUCUUACAUUA